AUGGCAGGGCUCGCUCGAGGACGAGCGGUUACAGCCAACAUUGAUUUAGCCAAAGACACUGUAAAUGAUCUAUUGAGGAUUAAUAGCAAAUUAUACUACAAAAGUGUGACGAUAGUUUACAUCAGUGCUCUCAAACCACCUGUGAUAAAGGACCAGUUUCUCCCUCCUUCUCCCCUACCUCCAAAUUCUUCACGAACCAGGAUGUGGUCCUUUAUGCAUCACCGCGAGGUGACAGCCAGCCCCGCGCCCACCUGGGACGCGCCCCCGGACAAUGCCUCCGGCUGUGGGGAACAGAUCAACUAUGGCAGAGCCGAGAAAGUUGUGAUCGGCUCCAUCCUGACGCUCAUCACGCUGCUGACGAUCGCGGGCAACUGCCUAGUGGUGAUCUCCGUGUGCUUCGUCAAGAAGCUCCGCCAGCCCUCCAACUACCUGAUCGUGUCCCUGGCGCUGGCCGACCUCUCGGUGGCCGUGGCGGUCAUGCCCUUCGUCAGCGUCACCGACCUCAUCGGGGGCAAGUGGAUCUUUGGCCACUUUUUCUGUAACGUCUUCAUCGCCAUGGACGUCAUGUGCUGCACGGCCUCGAUCAUGACCCUGUGCGUGAUCAGCAUUGACAGGUACCUUGGAAUUACAAGGCCCCUCACCUACCCUGUGAGGCAAAAUGGGAAAUGCAUGGCAAAGAUGAUUCUCUCCGUCUGGCUUCUCUCUGCCUCCAUCACUUUACCUCCACUCUUUGGAUGGGCUCAGAAUGUAAAUGACGAUAAGGUGUGCUUGAUCAGCCAGGACUUUGGCUACACGAUUUACUCUACCGCAGUGGCAUUUUAUAUCCCCAUGUCCGUCAUGCUUUUCAUGUACUACCAGAUUUACAAGGCUGCCAGGAAGAGUGCUGCCAAACACAAAUUCCCUGGCUUCCCUCGAGUGGAGCCAGACAGCGUCAUCGCCCUGAAUGGCAUAGUGAAGCUCCAGAAGGAGGUGGAAGAGUGUGCAAACCUUUCGAGACUCCUCAAGCAUGAAAGGAAAAACAUCUCCAUCUUUAAGCGGGAACAGAAAGCAGCCACCACCCUGGGGAUCAUCGUCGGGGCCUUUACCGUGUGCUGGCUGCCAUUUUUCCUCCUCUCGACAGCCAGACCCUUCAUCUGUGGCACUUCCUGCAGCUGCAUCCCACUGUGGGUGGAGAGGACAUUUCUGUGGCUAGGCUAUGCAAACUCUCUCAUUAACCCUUUUAUAUAUGCCUUCUUCAACCGGGACCUGAGGACCACCUAUCGCAGCCUGCUUCAGUGCCAGUACCGGAACAUCAACCGGAAGCUCUCAGCUGCAGGCAUGCAUGAAGCCCUGAAGCUUGCUGAGAGGCCAGAGAGAGCUGAGUUUGUGCUGAGGGCCUGCACAAGGAGGGUGCUCUUGAGACUAGGGAAGAGGCCACAGGUGUCUGUGUGGAUGCUACAAUCUCCAGACCAUCACAAUUGGUUAGCAGACAAAACGCUGACUACUGUAGAAAAAAAGGUCAUGAUUCAUGAUCGAAAGCAGAACAAUGGAGAUGAAAUAAACAAGGCAAAUUAGAGAUGGAAACAGAAGGAAGUCAUUUGCUGAGAUUGCAGAAUGGAAUACGACUUCUCUCCUUUCUUGGGAUGUCUAAAACGUGACAAACAGGGUGAUCUGUUGUACACAUUACCUUACAAGGGAGAUGGUGACUUCUCCUUUUUUCUGUGGAUCAGUGCUGUUGUGUGUUCUCAGUUUAAGAUAGCAGAUCAUCUCAGCAGUAAGCACACCGACAGAACUGAGUUCCACAAAGGAAGCAGUUUCUGGUGCUUUGCAUAUGUCCAAAUCCAUGCAAGUGGGAGAAAGUUCCAAUGCACACUUCCCAUGCUUCUGAGUCUAGGUGUUGUGGUGAAUAUACAGGAAUCAUUCCUGAGACAGAAUGUAUUUUGUUGUUUGACAGAAGGCUUUUCCAAGCAAACUGCAGUGAGUGUAGUGUUGAAUAUGUUGCAUGUCUAUGUUAGAAAACAGAAUCCAGUCAUCAGCUAAUACAAAUGAUUUCCCAGAGCAGUGUUUGUUUCAAGCUUCUGUCAAAUAGUUUGGCUUUUCUGCAGGGUCUCUGUGAUUUCCCUACCAAUGUACUUUCUUUGUUAACUCACUUAUUAUGGUAUAACUCAGGAACAGGUCUCAGGUUGGAGAGAAGCAUAUAACUUGAGCAAAGCUUUUUGUUGUGCUCUGAAGGGUCUUGAGGGGUGAGGGUGAUGCCUUCUGUGAGGAUUUUUAUCGCAGUGAAGCUCAAGUGGUACCCAACUGCAUUGUAAUUAACAUGAUUAUUGGCAUGCUUUUGACUCUCAUUUUCUACCAGGCUGCAGUGGGCCCACCCAUGGGCUGGCCCAUAACUGUAUGUUAUGUGGAAGAAGUGUGGGAAUGAUGGGUUUUCCAUGAAAUGUUGUGAUGCUUCUGGAGAUGGGGCAUAAACAUGUUCAUUCUUGUUGAGCUGCAUUGUAUUAAACCAAAUUGUGUGAAGCAAGGUCACCUGGACCACUCUUGGGAAAUGCUUCAGAACACCAGUCUGUUCCUUCUAGAGAAUUUGUUUUUGUGUUCUCUGUAUCUUAAAUCAAAUGUGUGCCUAAGCAAUUCCGUCCUCUGAUUCCCACCCCUACCCACCAAAAAAUGGUAGACAUGAAGGGCAGGUAAGGAAACAGAAAAGGUCUCUUUGUGGAUAUAUAUUUUUUAAAUGGCACUAUGUAGCAAUUAAGAGCUAAGGAGACAGAAAGACAGCAGAUGAGAAUAGAAGAGUACCUGUACCUACAAGGGGAAAAAUGAAUGCAAUUCUUUAUUUGAUAAGAGAGAACUGAAAGAUAAUAUUAUUUUCCUACAAUAAAGCAAGCUGUCCUGUCACAGGAUAAAGUGGAAUUCCGACAUGGGUUAUGGACUUCUUCUAACUCCCAUUGACAUUGCUUCUUACCAGACAUGGGGAAGAGUUGCCUUUCCUGAAAGGGGAGGAGGGCACUGUCCUUUCAGACAAAGCUUGUAUAAAUUCCUGAACCGCAAAUUUGCUAAAGUGACCGUAUAUAUUAUAUUCAUAAUUUAAAUGAUUAUUUAUGGUCAGAUACAUAUUGUUAAACUUGAAAAUGUUUUAUUACAUUACAUCAAAUAAAGUUUAUUUGUAGCUGAAAUAAAGCAAUGUAAGUAAAAAUUUUUAAUUAAA